AUGCGUUUCUCUAUCGCUGCUCUCGCUGCCGGUGCCGUUGGCGCCGUCGCCUCUGGUGUCACCACCGAGGUCAUUACAGCCUACACCACCUAUUGCCCUGAGGCUACCUCCAUUGUCCACGGCAGCCAGACCUACAGCAUCUCCACUCCCGGACACAUCACCAUGACCAACGGUCCCUUCACCGUUACCCGCCCUCUGGUGACCUCUACCGUGACCAAGUGCCAGAGCUGCUCCACCCCCGUUCCCCAGGUUAGCAGCAGCAGCGUGCCCGUCAUCCCCGUCGUUCCCGGCGUUACUUCCACUCCUCUGGUCCCCAACGCUGAGGCCACCGGCACUGCUGGCGCCGCUUCUGGCUCCCCCACGCCCUCCGUGCCUGUCUUCAACGCCGGUGCCGUCAACGCCGCUGCUGGCGCUGGCGCCGGUCUGGCUGCCGUCUUCGGUGCCGUCGCUCUCCUGCUGUAA